AUGAAGCUCGGGUGGCAAGCGGCCGUGUUGACGGCCGCUUCGGUCGCCAGUGCGUCGGAACUUGCCUACUCUCCCCCUUACUACCCUUCCCCAUGGAUGACCGGCGAGGGCGAGUGGGCCGAGUCCUAUCGGCGCGCGGUUGAGUUCGUCUCCAGCCUCACGCUGGCAGAGAAGGUCAAUCUAACAACUGGUGCUGGAUGGGAGCAAGAACGAUGUGUUGGCGAGACGGGUGGAAUUCCAAGACUCGGAAUGUGGGGCAUGUGCAUGCAGGAUUCGCCGCUGGGUGUUCGAGAUGCGGACUACAACUCGGGCUUCCCAGCCGGUGUCAAUGUCGCGGCUACCUGGGACAAGAGACUGGCCUACCAGCGCGGAGUGGCCAUGGGUGAGGAGCACCGCGACAAGGGUGUGGAUGUUCAAUUGGGUCCGGUUGCUGGUCCGUUGGGUAAAUACCCAGACAGUGGCCGCGUGUGGGAGGGAUUCGCCCCGGAUCCCGUCCUGACGGGUGUGAUGAUGGCGGAGACCAUCAAGGGUAUUCAGGAUGCUGGUGUCAUUGCUUGCGCCAAGCAUUACAUCGGCAACGAGCAGGAGCACUUCCGCCAGGCCGGUGAGGCUCAAGGUUACGGAUACAACAUUACUGAGAGUGUCAGCUCCAACAUUGAUGACAAGACUAUGCACGAACUGUAUCUUUGGCCCUUUGUUGACUCGGUCCGCGCUGGCGUCGGCUCCGUGAUGUGCUCAUACAACCAAAUCAACAACAGCUAUGGUUGCUCCAACAGCUAUACCUUGAACAAGCUGCUCAAGGGCGAGCUCGGCUUCCAGGGCUUCGUCAUGAGUGACUGGGGUGCUCACCACAGCGGUGUGGGUGAUGCGCUGGCCGGUCUUGAUAUGUCCAUGCCUGGCGAUGUCAUCUUGGGCAGCCCCUACUCUUUCUGGGCCACCAACAUGACCGUUUCGGUGCUGAACGGGACCAUCCCUGAAUGGCGCAUUGACGACAUGGCUGUUCGAAUCAUGGCAGCUUAUUACAAGGUUGGCCGGGAUCGUGUCCGCACUCCGCCCAACUUCAGCUCCUGGACUCGUGACGAAUAUGGCUACGAGCACUACAUCGUGAACGAGAACUAUAUCAAACUUAACGAACGGGUCAAUGUCCAGCGUGACCAUGCCAGCAUCACCCGCAAGAUCGGUUCGGACAGCACUGUGCUCUUGAAGAACACCGGCGGACUACCCCUUACUCACCAAGAGCGUCUCGUGGGCAUCCUGGGAGAGGAUGCGGGCUCAAAUGCCUACGGCGCCAACGGUUGCAGUGACCGCGGCUGUGAUAAUGGCACCUUGGCGAUGGGCUGGGGCAGUGGUACUGCCAACUUCCCUUACCUGAUCACUCCCGAACAGGCCAUCCAGGCAGAGGUCCUGAACUAUGGCAAUGGUCAGUCAAAUGUGUUCGCUGUGACUGAUAACUGGGCUCUCGACCAGAUGGCCGAAGUGGCCGCGACCGCAAGUGUUGCUCUAGUCUUCGUGAAUGCCGACUCAGGCGAGGGUUAUAUCAACGUGGAUGGCAACAUGGGCGACCGCAAGAACAUGACCCUCUGGAAGAACGGCGAGGAGGUUAUCAAGACUGCCACUGCGAACUGCAACAAUACCAUCGUCAUCAUGCACACUCCCAGCUCGGUCCUUGUUACUGACUGGUAUGAUAAUCCCAACAUCACUGCCAUCGUUUGGGCUGGUAUGCCCGGCCAGGAGAGCGGCCGCAGCUUGGUUGAUGUUCUGUACGGCCGCAUCAACCCCGGAGGCAAGACUCCCUUCACCUGGGGCAAGACACGCGAAGCCUAUGGUGCUGCUAUCCUGACUGAGCCCAAUAACGGUAACGGUGCACCCCAGGAUAACUUCGACGAGGGUGUCUUCAUUGACUACCGUCGCUUCGACAAGGACGACGAGGAGCCUAUCUUCGAGUUUGGCUUCGGUCUGAGCUAUACCAAGUUUGAAUUCUCCGAUCUCGAGGUCACUGCCUUGAACGCGGAUAAGUACACCCACACCAAGGGCAAGUCCAAGAAGGCCCCUGUUUUGGGCAAGGUCGGCAAGGCCGCGGAUUAUCUGUUCCCCAGUGGUAUCGAUCGGGUGCGCCAGUACCUUUACCCCUGGCUCAACAGCACCAACCUCAAGGAGGCAUCCGGGGAUCCUGAUUAUGGCAUGGACUCCAAGGACUACAUCCCUGAUGGUGCCACUGAUGGCUCGGCCCAGCCUCUGUUGCCUGCUAGUGGUCCUUCUGGUGGCAAUGCCGGUCUAUUUGAGGAUCUGAUUCAGGUCACUGCCACGAUUACCAACACAGGCUCCGUCAUCGGCGACGAGGUUCCUCAGCUUUAUGUCUCUCUCGGCGGCGAGGACGACCCCAAGAAGGUACUCCGCUCCUUUGACCGGGUCACCAUUGCCCCUGGCCAGAAGGUCCAGUGGACGACCACUCUGACCCGUCGCGAUUUGUCCAACUGGGACGUGACCUCUCAGAACUGGGUGGUUACUAGCGCUCAGAAGAAGGUGUAUGUCGGCAACUCCUCCCGCAAGCUGCCACUCUCGGCCGAGCUGCCUACGGUUCAGUAA